AUGAGAAUACCAGAGAGUUAUUUAGUAAAUCUAAAUUUUUAUAAAUACUCUUCAAUAGACAACUCCCUCCUUAGUAGACACUUACUCAACCCAUAUUGGAACUACUUGGUUUCUUUAUUCCCUAACUAUAUCGCACCAAAUUCCAUAACAUUCGCUGGUUUAUUGUUUAUAGUAGCCAACUUACUCUCUCUAUUCUACUAUGAUCCUAGUCUAGAGUGCUCCGUAGACUCUAGCAGCUGCCCACCAAAUUGGAUAUACUUUAGUUGGGCUAUUGGUCUCUUUUUAUAUCAAUCAUUCGAUGCUAUAGAUGGUAAACAGGCUCGUAAAACUGGUAUGGCUGGCCCACUUGGUGAACUUUUCGAUCAUGGCUGUGACGCACUGAACACAACGCUGGAAGUUAUUCUCAGCGCAGCUGCUCUCAAUAUUGGCACAAGUUGGUGGCUUGUACUCUCGCAAAUCGCUACAAUUGCCAACUUUUACCUAUCGACUUGGGAAGAAUACCAUACUGGUACACUCUACUUGAGUGUCUUCUCUGGUCCUGUCGAGGGUAUAAUUAUUAUCGUGAUAUUAUACAUUAUCACUGGUAUCUUCGGACCACAAAUAUGGUCAACUUCAUUAAUUAACUUCAUCGGCUGGGAUAUUAAAGUAAAUGAAGCAUUCAUGGCAUUUGCAGGUGUCGGAUUAUUCGCAAAUGUAUACACCGCUUACUCAAACGUACAAAAAUCACGGAAAUCGAAGAAUAUUUCUUCACCAUCACCUUUAUAUGGUUUAUUACCAUUUUUAUACCAAACUGUGUUGAAUGUUUUAUGGGCAUCAGCACCAACGUCCAUCAUAUUUAAUACUAAUUACCAAAUCUCACCAUUACUCAUCUACUUGAUUCAGUGGGGUUUCCAAUUUUCACAUCUCGUUGGUCUUGUUAUACUGGGACACGUUGCUAAAGUUCCCUUCCCAAGCCAUAUAACUUCGAUGUUCGUAGUACUCUGUGUUGCUAUUGAUGGAUACCUUCCUACCUUUGGAUUAUCAUCAAUUUUGCACUCAAGUGAACAAAGUUCAUUAUAUACUCUCUAUGGUAUGCUCAUAAUCAAUGCGAUGAUAUGGCUUACUUUCGCUUGGUUCACCGUGAAGGAUAUUUGUGAACAUCAAGGCAUAAAGUGCUUUAGAGUACUGAAAAGAUCAAAAGAUGGUGCUUGGGUAGUACCAAACGAGAUGAAUAAGAAUAAAUAG